AUCACCAUGGAGCUCUAUUGUUUUUUACAGAUUUAAUUAAUUAUUUCAUGUAGAUAUUAUUAUGAUUAUGGUAAUAAUGUAAUAAUCCAAAUUCAAAUACAUUUGUAAUGCCCAUCCCUUUCCAGCUCUUGCCUUUUGCUUUCCCUUUCUCUUUCCUUUGUCUCAUCUUCUCCACAAAAGUGAAAAGAAAAAUAUAUAUAUACCCCUCACAGACUAGUUACUGUUAUUAUAUCAUCAUUAUUUGUAUAUGGCACUGUACAUCUUCAAACCCCAAAACUUAGGGUUUCAUUUUUUCUAUUAUUUUUCUCUCUAAAACCUCAAGAUUUGACUGUUCACAUUCUGCCAUUUCAAGUUGAUCCUGACAGUUCGGUUUGAUGAAUGCGCUGAGGAACUUAAGACUGAAAGUCGAUGCUGGCAGGAGCUUGGUUUCAGAAAAUAUCUAACUUGGUUGGGAACAGUCUAAGCAUGUUUUGACAUCUUAGAGGAGCUCGUGUGGUUGUAUUAAACAAUUGCUAGAUGGAGUUUUGAUAGCCUCCUAGGUGAGGUUGAAAAAACACAGGGUAGCUAUUACCUUUUAUUUUCUUCCUUUAUUUUGUAUGGUGAUGCUUGGCUGCAGUUUUCAGAUUUACUGAUGCUAUUUUAUCUGACUUAGUACCCAUCUUUGCGCUUGUGGAACUUGAUUUUCCCUUAAUAUAUCUAACUUGGCAAGGAGUCAUCCUUUCGGUUGCCAAAAAAAAAAAAGGAAAAAAAAAGGCUAACCCAGAAAAUAGCUAACACGGGUGCCCUUUGUUGUGUGGCCUCUGGGCCACAUGUAGUAAACUCACCUACAGGGGGUGGGGGCUCUCUGAACAAUCACGAUGAGCCACAUUGGCGGACAAACUCAAGUUUCUCACCUCCUCCACUAAGGAUGUGGGAUUGCAGGUUACAUUCAGAUGUUUUACCAAAUGGAUCUCAUGGAGUUCACAGUUCAUCGUUAUCAUCAAACAGCAGAGGAAGCAGAAGUUGGGUUGGGAGCGAAGGAUUAACCAAUCAUCAUCAUUCUGUUUCUGACGGGGUGCUCUCUUACUCUGACAGCCUGCCUGAUAAUGUUCAGGAACCCCGGUGGACAUCACCAAUUCAAAAGUUUAAUUUAGGCGAGGGUACUGCCUCAACUAUAGGAGGAUCAAGAUCUCAGACGUCUUGGUUUCCUUGCUCCGCUGAGAGGCGAUUUGCUGUUAGAGCAACUGGUAGAUCCCCCAGUUUUGGGUCCCCAUCCUCACUUUCUGAGUCCAGCCAUUGGGAAUCGACUAGUAAAAGGCCCUGUGCUUUCUCCAAUCGUAACUUUGCAAGCAGACGAUCUUACAUGUCAAAAACUGUUUACCCUCUAGUAUUCCGCAACCCUGUUUCAGAUUGUGAAACCUAUGUUGAAGCUGAUAUCAGCAAUAUUGGUAGGUUGACACCGAGUGAGGAUCUGAUAUCACCAUCUCUUUGGCCCGAUAAUAGUUCAAGUGUUGAGUACAAGUUCCAUAAAACCCUUACUGAACUUCAAAAGUUGGAGACAUCACCAGACCUGAGUGUGAGCUUGAGAAGAGAGGGAUUUAGGUGGAGCAGUGCAAGCAGUUAUGAUCUGGGGCUUGAUGGCGACAGGUUUGAUGUGACAGAGCACAUGGAUGUGGAGAGUCUGAGAUCACUUAGCUGUGCGGCGCCGGAUCAGAAAUGUGGAGUUUGUGCAAAGCUUUUGUGGCAGAAGUCUCCCUGGAGUUCUCAUCGAAUCAUGAGAGGUGGUGACAUGCCUACUGCUGGAGUACUACCCUGCAGCCAUGUGUUCCAUGCUGAAUGCUUAGAACAAGUGACUCCAAAGACCCAAAUUCAUGAUCCUCCUUGUCCCUUGUGCUUGAAAACAAUUGGAGCAGUUGAAGAAUCUUCAUCAGUGUCAGAGCCCUUGCAGGUGGCCCUAAGAUCCAUACGGAGAAGUAGAGGCAUAGUAUUAUCUGAGACCCAGGGGAGUCGCAGUAAUACUGAAGCCUCUACUCACAUCAAAGACAGCCCGAGGAAAAACUGGCUUGGGGCAGUGCCACGGCGGAAUGAUAUACGUUCUUCCUUAGCGAAUCGCCUUAAAAGGCAUUUCACAUUUAGGGGUAAAGCAAGUAAAGAUAUUUUCAGUUCUAAGAUGUUCCAAAAAAUGGGUUUGUCAUCUGGGCAGGAACCAGUUCGACGCCAAAUGUCUAUGCAGUAGUCUCGUGUAUGUAUCCUCUUCCGAGGAGAUUUAAUAUUUUAGUUCUUUGGUGAACCUUUCUCUUCAGUAUAUUUUCUGAACUUGGGUUCACUGUUUUGGAAUAUGAUUAAGAACCCAUGGGUAUGUAACUUAUUCCAUUAAUUAAGUUGUGGCACAUCUUGAUUCUGCGCUAUA